AUGGUCUACUACUUCACGUCGAGCGCCGUCGAGCCCCCGGGCUUCAUCUACGUCGGCAAGGACAAGUUUGAAAGCACGUCGUCCCCCCUCCUUUUGUCACCGGCCCGAGUUUCGACUGACGUCUAUGCUUGCCAGACGAGGAUCUCAUCAAGUAUGGCUGGGACGAGGACGUCUGGCGCGCACAUCUAUCUCCGGAUGCAGGAGGGCCAGAGCUGGGACGCCCUCCCGGACGCCCUCGUCACGGACCUGGCGCAGCUCACAAAGGCCAAUUCCAUAGAGGGCAAUAAAAAGGACAACAUAACCGUCAUUUACACGCCGUGGUCCAACCUCAGAAAGGACGGGUCCAUGGACGUCGGGCAAGUGUCCUUCAAGGACGCGCGCAAGGUCAGGCGCGUGCUCGUCGCGGCGCGCGAGAACCCCAUUGUCAACCGCCUCAGCAAGACGAGGGUCGAGAAGAGGCCGGACCUGAAGCAGGAGCGGGACGACCGGCUCAAGGAGCUGCGGCGGAGGGAGCAGGCCGCCGCGCAGACGAGGAGAAAAGAAGAGGCAAGGCAGGCGCAGGAGUGGAAGGAGAAGAAGUGGCAAAAGGACCAUGCGUACGACGACAUGUUUACCGACGAGAGCAUGGCGAGUUCUAGCAAUCAGCAUCGCGAUGCGGACUGGGAGGAUGACUUUAUGUAA